GGCCCGCACAGGCACCUGUUGAUUCUGAGGCUCUGCUCGAGGCCGCCGUCGAACCGCGCGAGUGGCUGCAGUGACCGGCCCGCGCCGAUGCAGUGGCGGGGCGAGCAGUGUCGACGACGACGACCCCACCGGGGCACCCCCCGCAGGGCGGUGACGUCGCCGACCGAGACCCGCCGCUGACGGCCGGCUCCGGCUGCUGGCCUGCCGCCGUGCACGCCGCGGCCGCGGCGCCCGCCUCCGACACGCUGCCUCCGGGGCCCAGCGCCAUCCCCCGGUACGACGUCGACGUCCACCCGGCCAGGAUCACCCUGCCGGGGGUCAUCGCCACCCUGCCGGGGGAGCAGGAGCAGCAGCUGCACCAGCUGCACGGCGUGCACCCCCACGGAGACCUGGACCCCCACCUGGACGCCGCCGCCGCCACCCAGACCAUGCCCGUCGUCAUGGAGAACGGCGCCAGAGGACCGCACUCUUGGGCGCAGUACGGCUACAUGGUGUCGCCGGGGGAGCUGGACCCGGCGGGCGGACACGAUGCCUGGGGCGUGGGGCCGCCCGGGCCCGGGGCUGACCCGGGUGGCCACUACAGCGCCACGCCGCCGCCGCCCCCGCACCACCUGGCGCCGAUGCCCGCGUUCUACGUGCAGGACGGGCCGCUGCCGCCGCUGUUCGGAGAGCCGAUGCCGCUCGCCGCCACAGACGUCGACGGCGACCCCGUCGACCUCUCGGCGCCGGCGAGGCUCCACGGCCUGGCCAGGCUAGACCCCGAGCACGACCCUGCUGCAAAAAGAAAGAGGAGAUGA